CCCAUUGAAAAGUUGGUCUGUUUUACUCCCUUUACAUACUUAUCUUUGUAUGAUUAAGCCUUUGAGAAAAUAUUUUAAAUCUGCUUUUGUUUGGCGGGCCGGGACUUGCAUUGACCAGUUUUACUGUUAAAGGCUGGACGCCUUGGUCCUUACCACUCAGACGACAGCAGUAGAAGCGAGCAGUCAUGGCCGAUCAACUUUCUGAAGAGCAAAUUGCUGAAUUCAAAGAGGCUUUCAGUCUUUUUGAUAAAGAUGGUGAUGGAACCAUUACAACAAAAGAACUGGGUACAGUGAUGAGGUCACUGGGUCAGAAUCCCACAGAGGCAGAACUACAAGACAUGAUCAACGAAGUAGAUGCUGAUGGAAACGGAACCAUCGAUUUCCCAGAAUUCCUCACCAUGAUGGCGAAGAAAAUGAAGGACUCAGAUUCCGAGGAGGAACUCCGCGAAGCUUUCCGUGUGUUUGAUAAAGACGGCAAUGGAUUCAUUAGUGCUGCCGAGUUACGUCACGUGAUGACAAACUUGGGUGAAAAAUUAACAGACGAAGAGGUUGAUGAGAUGAUCAGGGAAGCUGAUUUGGACGGUGACGGACAAGUUAAUUAUGAGGAAUUCGUAAGAAUGAUGACAAGUAAAUAAAGAGAAGGACUUUUCCAUGUUUUCUUCAAUUAGAAAUAUAUUGACAAUGGAGUCUUUAGCCUGAAAGUUCACAUCCGUGUGUCCGUUCAAAGUCAUAUCAUCCAUAUCCAUAAGUGUGAUAUUUUUUUUAUACCCUUCCAGGACAGAGGCAUAUAAUGACACUUUACAAAACAAUUUUUUUUAAGUUUUGUGAUCUGAGACUGGUAUAUUUUAUAUAAACUUUUUUGUAUUGUUGAAUAAAAUCUGUUGACAACUAUU